AUCAGUGCAAUAACAAAAAAACGAGUAGGCCGGGCCUAACUUAGAUCUGACUACCGGUACCUUAAUUGUUCUUUCUGGAGGAAUCUGGGUCUAUUUAAGGUUGGAAUUGUAGGAGUAUUAUGGAUCCUGAAGUCGUCCAGCAAAGGGAACUCUGAAGAGGAUCUUUGUCUCAAAUCUCUACUCUAGUCAUGCAGAGAAGGCCAUACGAAAAAGAAGGGCAACAUGGAACUAUAUUUUGUAUUGAGAAGAUGUGAUGUUUCAUAUCAUAUGCUCUGUAAAGAAUGCAGAGAUUGUAUACUGUAACCAGAGAUAGGAGAAUGAUGUAGGAUUGCAUCAGUCCAGAAGUUGAGAACAGUGCUCCCAAUUCCUGUUCAGUCAUGGAAAUGAUACCAUCAGUUCCCAUCAAUAUUUUUAUCAAGGAAGAAAAAGAAGAGACCUUGUUGGACACCGAGGGGAAUGAAGAUGAGACCAAACAUAUUAUUUCUGGGUACACCAUCAAGAAAGAACUUGAAGAAGACGGGGAAGAAGAGGAAGGUGGCGUCUUGUCAACAAAUCAAGAAGGGUGGGAAAGCCAUGGCAGUUUAGAGUCGGGUUCAGAUGGAGAUGAAGUGGGAAGCACAGCCCAUAGUCCUGAGUCAGGUUCUGAUGGAGAUAAAGCAGAGUCUAAACGGCUUACAUCAGAAGAUAUCAUUGACACUGGACAUGGAUCGGUAGGACAUACAUGUAGUUCUUCAAACAGAAGUGGAGCUAUAUCCAAUCUAGGCAUACAUUUUGGAGAAAGGCAGAGUCAGUGUUCUAGUUUCAGUGAAAGUUUAUGCGAGGCUAACCUUUCCAACCCUGAUAUUAUAACAUCACACACAGAAGAAAAGUCAUUUAAAUGUGACCUAUGUAAGAGAGAAUUUUCAGCGAAAGGCUCUCUAAAACGUCACCUCCUAUUCCACACAGGAAAAAAGCCUUUUGAGUGCUGCUACUGUAGCAAGAGAUUUCCUCAGAGCUGUGAUCUUAAACGCCAUCUCUUGACCCACACAGGAGAAAAGCCGUAUGAAUGCCUUUAUUGUAAGAAACGAUUUUCACAGAAGGGUGACCUCAAGCGCCAUAUUCGAACGCACACCGGAGAAAAACCACACAAGUGUUUAGAGUGUGGCAAAGGGUAUGCUAAUAAACGCGAUCUAAAUCGUCAUCUCAUCAACCACACUGGAGAGAAGCCAUAUGAAUGUACAGUGUGCAAGAAGGGAUUCUUUAUGGAGGAUUCUCUCAAUUGCCAUCUCUUAACCCACGGCUCUCGGGAAAGACCAUAUGAAUGUUCAUUCUGUAAAAAGCGAUAUUCUUACCAAAAGCGUUACAAUCUUCAUCUCUUGACUCACACUAGUGAAAUGCAGUAUCAAUGUAGCUAUUGCCAGAAAGGAUUUUCGAAGAAGCAGCAUCUUAAGCGCCACCUACUGAUUCACAAUCAAGAAAAGCCUUAUGCAUGCCGCCAUUGUCGGGAAAGCUUUGCUCAGUGUGCUGAUCUUGAAUCCCAUGUCAUGACUCAUACUGGAGAAAAUCGCUUCAAAUGUUUAGAUUGUGGGAAAGAGUUUUCUCAUAAAGGCAAUUUAAACCGCCAUGUUCUCACCCACUCCGAAGAAAAACCAUUUAAGUGUUCAGACUGUGGCAAAGGAUUUUCUCAGAAAGAUAAACUAAAGUGUCAUCUUCUAUCCCACACAGGAGAGAUGCCAUAUAAAUGUUCUUACUGUGUAAAAGGAUUCACCCAGAAAAAUCAUCUAGAUCGCCAUGUUCUCACCCACUCUGGGGAAAAACCUUAUGAAUGUUCUUACUGUAACAAAGGAUUUAUUCAGAAACAUCAUUUAAAUCGCCAUCUCUUACGACACUCAGGAGCAAGGACAGUGAAUGUUUAG